AUGUCCACCACCACAACCACAACCACCACCACCACCCUCCCACCCUCCGAACCCACGCCUAAGGUCCGCGGCACCAACCGCAUGCCCUUCGACGGCCUCCCCACGAACUACAACGACUUCCGCGACGCCCUCUCGCGCGACGGUUACGCGGUGAUCAAGGGCGCGAUUCCGCGGGAGCGGGCGGAUCAAUACGCGGAUGCGUUUCUGAGUUAUCUGGAGGGAUUCGGGCUGGGCUACAACCGCCACGACCCGAGCACCGUGCGACGCGCCAACCUGCCCGUGCUGAACGAGAAGGGGAUGAUCCAGGCGUACGGGGUGACGCACGAGCAGUGGGUGUGGGACAUCCGGGGGGAGGCGGGGGUGAUCGAUGCGUUUGCCAAGGUGUACGAUGACGAGGAGCUGAUUGUAUCGUUUGAUGUGGUGAACGUGGGGUUUGUGAAUCGCGAGGAUUUGCCCGAGAACAAGCCCUGGCCGCACCAGGACCAAGACCCCGCGAAGCCUGGGUUCCGCUGCCUCCAAGGCCUCAUCAACCUGCACCCCAGCGGCCCGAACGACGGCGGCCUGAUCGUGUGCAAAGGCGGGCACAACGUCUCGGCCGAGUUCCACGCCGCCAUGGCCGCGCGCAACGAGCCGCGCAUCCCCGCGUGGACGCCGGAGUGGUUUGGGUUCACGGAGGGCGGGAUGGCGUGGCUGGCGGAGCGGGGGCUGCAGUGGGAGAAGGUGUGCUGCGAGCCGGGGGACUUGAUCGUGUGGGACUCGCGCACGCCGCAUUACAACGUGCCGCCGACGGGGGAGAUCGAUCGGCUGGCGGUGUAUACGUGCUACACGCCGGUGUGCGAGGCCAGUAAGGAGGAUUUGGUGCGGAAGAGGGGGGCUUUUGAGCAGCGGCUGGGGACGACGCACUGGCCGAAUGCGGUGCAUGUUGCGCCGACGAACGUGGCGAUGCGCGAUGGGGAGGUGUGUCCGGUUGCGCGGGAGAGGCCGGUGCAGGAGCCUGUGUUGGGGGAGCGGGCGUUCAAGUUGACGGGGAUUCCGUAUUUGGAGGCUAUGGCUUGA